CGAGACGAAAGCACAGUCGAUCAACUGAGUCUCAAAAGUUGAUAAUUCAAUAAUAAACUCUUUAUUUUCUUUUUAACAAGAAAAAAACAAAAACCUCUGCAAAAAUGUUCAAAUUGUGUGUUCUCUUCGCUCUGGUCGCCUGCAGCAUGGCCGCACCAAAACCAGGUUUCUUGGCGUCGCCAGUGAUUGCUUCGGCGCCACUCGUCCACGCUGCGCCUGCAGUUGCCGUGCACGCUGCGCCACUUGCCACCAGCUACGCCAACACCUACAAAGUGUCCGUGAAGAGUCCAGUUCUUCACGCUGCUCCAGUUGUGCACGCCGCACCAGUUGUCCACGCUGCUCCCUACUACGCAGCCGCACCUUUGGCCUAUCACGCACCUUUGGCCGUUGCCGCUCAUCCAGCUGCCUACAUUCACUAAAUUCCAUUUCUACGAGAUAAUUUCCAAUCCGCCAUGUUUGUCUGUUUGUUUGUUCAUAUGUAAAAAAAAUGUUCCAAUAAAAUUUUUGUCUCUUCAACUGAA